AUGCGGUUGACAGGGAUCGUGUUUGCACUUGCGCUUGUUGUGAGGUCUUGCGCUGAGCCGAUACAGCGGACUGGGAAAGCACCGAAAGUCGAUCUAGGCUACGCUGUCUACGAGGGGAGUCAUGAUGCCAACACCAGUAUCGACAUCUUCAAAGGGAUUCGGUAUGCCGCUCCCCCACUCGGCAAGCUCAGGUUCGCUGCUCCUCAAGCCCCAGCGCUCAAUAGAACGACAACAUUAGCUCUAAGCGACCCUCCAAUCUGCCCACAAACUGGCGCUUCUUCAGAAACGCCAGCUGCAUACGGCUUCACCUCUGCGAUUGGGGAUGAGGAUUGUUUGUUCUUAAAUGUAUACUCACCAGCCAACGCGAAGAAUCUACCUGUGUUCUUCUGGGUCCAUGGUGGAGGAUAUGGUCUUUUCAGCGCCUCUGGACUGGACCCUACCGAAUUCAUGAACACGAACAAAAAUGGCUUCAUAAGCGUCAUAAUCCAAUACCGUCUAGGCGCUUUCGGCUUCCUUUCGAGCCCUGAUGUAAAAAGGCACGGUGCCCUCAACGCUGGACUCCUUGAUAUCAACUUCGCAUUAAAGUGGGUACAAGCAAAUAUCGGGAAGUUUGGGGGUGAUCCUCGUAAGGUCACUGUGGCAGGCGAGAGUGCAGGGGCAGGCGCUGUUCUAUACCAAGCCCAAGCCUAUAAUAGAAAGCAGAAAGAGAACCUCUUCCGCAAUGUCAUCGCGGCAAGCCCAUGGGUGCCGUACCAGCACGAUUACAACGAUGAAACGCCCACAACAGCAUAUGCAGAGUUUGUCGAAGCCUCCGGGUGCUCAUCGAAAAAGAAUACUAUCGAAUGCCUCCGCACAGCCGAUACCGUCGUUCUGCAGAAUGCCAGCGCGAGGGUUUCCGAAGCUGGACCUUUUGGUACAUUUGCAUUCCUGCCCGUAACGGACGGCACAUUUGUUAAAGAUCGCCUCUCUACAUCUCUACUUUCCAAGUCACUGAAGGGAAAGCGUAUCUUGACCGGUAACAUGGCGAACGAAGGCGUACCACUCGCGCCACCAACGACACGAACACUACAAGACUUUCGUGACUAUGUGAAUGAGACGUUUCCCAGUUUCUCUGCAUCUGACAAGGGCCAGUUGGAGGAAAUAUACUCGUUCCCUGGUGACACCCUUGACGUGAAGCCCAACGCCACGCGCUUCGCCACAUCUGGUAUGGGCGUACCUACGGCAGUUAACAUGAGUGAGUUUGGGACGGGGAACCAGCAACGCCUUUUCAACGUCUUUGCAGAGUACGCCUUCGUCUGCCCCAGUUACUGGGCUGCUGGAGCUUUCCCGGAAGGUUGGAAGUAUCAGUUCAGUGCGCCUCCGAGUUAUCAUGGGUAUGAUUUGCAAGCGCUGUGGAGUGGGACCCCGACGCCCGGGGAAAGCUUCAAGCACGCUUUUCAUAAGACAUGGGGAAACUUCAUCACGAAGAAUUCACCGGUUAUAAGUGUGGAAGAUGCGAAGGGUGGUGUCGCAAAUUCCACGAUCCUGCCUGCAGUUGGAUAUAGUGGGAGCAAUAUCCUGUGGCCAAUGUGGAACGAGAAAGAGCCGAAACUGCUGAACUUGAAUGCUACAGGGGGUGUUCCUUUCUUUGUACAAGCGACAGAAGACUUAUACUAUCACACAUAUAGCGAUCCAGGUGUCAGUAACCAGAUCAGUUUGGCCGAUGCGAAUGCUUGGGAGGGUGGGAGAGGUGAGCGAUGUGAGUUCUGGAAAGCCAUGGCUGCUAAGGUGCCGUAUUGA